GGGGGGCGGGGAAAAGCGACGCAAGCAGCCGCGACGCCAUUUGUCGCGGCCCAGCGUGGGUGCAGGCUGAUCUCGGAAGAACUCGGUCCUAAGAUUCUCUCGCGCACGCGACCCGCUCUCCCCCGCCUGCUUCGUGUCACGCUGUCCCACGCGUCGCCCCUCGGAGGAGUCGCCGCCGCCACCCAGAUAGGAGUCGGAGACGCAGCGAGGCCGUCGUCACCGCCAUGCCUAAGAAUAAAGGUAAAGGAGGUAAAAAUAGACGCAGAGGUAAGAAUGAGAAUGAAUCUGAAAAGAGAGAGCUGGUGUUCAAAGAAGAUGGACAAGAGUAUGCUCAAGUAAUCAAAAUGUUGGGAAAUGGACGAUUAGAAGCGAUGUGUUUUGAUGGUGUAAAGAGGUUAUGUCACAUCAGAGGGAAACUGAGAAAAAAGGUCUGGAUAAAUACCUCAGACAUUAUAUUGGUUGGUCUACGGGACUACCAGGAUAAUAAAGCUGAUGUAAUUUUAAAAUACAAUGCAGAUGAGGCUAGAAGUCUGAAGGCAUAUGGUGAACUUCCAGAACAUGCUAAAAUCAAUGAAACUGAUACAUUUGGUCCUGGAGAUGAUGAUGAAAUCCAGUUUGAUGACAUUGGAGAUGAUGAUGAAGACAUUGAUGAUAUCUAAGUCGAACUCAACCUUUCACAUUCCACUUUCUUUGAGGAUUAUUCAACAAUUUGGAUUUUGGCUGUGACCCGUUAAAGAAGAUUAAAAUUUCAUUAGCAUGAGUGCAAUUUGUUAAAGCAGACUGAUUUGUUUCUAAGGUAUUUCUUUAAAAACUGGUAAUGCUGAAUUCUCUUAAAUGUUAAACCCACUUUGUUCUUUUGAUGUGACGGAGCUUGUGGGUAAAAGACCACAUCUGCUCUUCUAAAAGAGAAAAAAAAAUGCGUUACUGCCUUUCCCACUUUGACCACUUCCAGUAAGUAAAUGGAUGUUUUGAAUAAACCAUUUGCCGUACACGCAUUAUGAAUUAUAAUUAAGCCCUAGUUUUGACUAGCCUGUUUACUGUACAGUGAAUUUUUGUAUAUUCCAGUUACUUAGAUGGAUGUUCCCUUGAGAUUUUGGUACAGUUUAAUGGAGGCAGAAAUCUGCAUUUGAAGUCAAAAAUGACUGGUCUGUUUUUCAUAUUUAAGUAGCAUGUGGCUAUUUUUAUACUAGUUUUGAUAUUGUAUACAUUCUUUUCAUGAUCUUAUUUUGCCACUAUAAACAUCAACAAAAAAGGCGGUUUUUAGAACCUGAGUUUUAAUAGCAAUUUUGAACUUGUAAAGUUGGUAGUUGCAGAAAUCAAACACUAGGUGGCACCCAGUUAUCUUAACAUUGGAGAUACUGAUAUAGUUGUCAACUUUUUUUUCUUUUAACUUACUGUGCAUAGGAAAUUUCCCAAACAACAAAAGAUUGUUUUGAUCAUAUGCAUGUAUGUAGAAUAUUUUUGCAGAACAAAAAGAUUAUGUUCAAAGUGUCGUUUUAUUUUCGGAAGUCAUAUACGUGUGAGCUACAAUUUUGAGUGCUUUAUAAACACUUAAAUUAUGUGUAAAUGAAAAUUUAAUUUCAUAACAGUUUGUACAAAUUAAGCCUUUGGGAAAGUAUCCCUAAGCUGGGGAAAGAGGAGGGAAUAACAACUUAAUGAAAAGAUGGUCUCCAAUUUCUGAAUGGAAGAACUACAUACAGUCGAGAAAUAUAAUAAAGACAGUAUCAUGCUGCAGAGUAUAUUAUACCCUUACUUUGUGUUUAGGAUGUAUUUUAUUGUGUGUACAGGUGUUUUUUGCUUGUAUUUUAUUGGGAAUUUAGAUUUACCCUUUGUUAGUUUUUCAUUAUCAACUCUAGUAAGAUGAAAUUAAGGGCAGGGCUAGUUAGACCUAACUAGCCACACUGAAGUGGUAUGCAACUGGAAAAGAAAUCCUUCAUGUAGCUUGUGAAACUUUUAUUCUACUGGUCUCCAGAGAACUCUUCAGUAUUGAAAAGUAAUACACAGAGGAUUAAAUCUUCACAUGGCUUCAGAAAAUAAGCACAUCUUUUUUUUUUUUUUUUUUUUUUAGUAAGCACAUCUUUGAUCCCAUGCUUAGUAUAAUUUCCUUUCCUAAGUGUGCAAACUCUGGAAUAAAAAUCUGAGGUACUAUAAAACAUUAAAUCAAAAAACAGAAACUAAGAGUGGACAAUUGCAGUUGAUGUUUCUUACUCUGUGGAGUUCCUGAACACUUAACCUAGGUGGAAUGCAUCUGAGACCAUGGACUGGUUUUUAAUACUCGUAAGGAACCAGCCUUGAAGAAUUGACUUAGUGAUCAUCUUCUUCGGUAAUCUAAAUCUCCUAAGAUAUUUAGGCUUCUGAACAUAAAAGUGUUUUGGUAAAUUUGUGGUAUAUGUAGACCUUUCCUCCACAUUGUUUUACCAAGAAUGUUUUGACUGCAUCUGUGCUACAGUUCAUGGUAGGGGUGGUGCAACUCAAACAUUAGUUUUUCUACUUAACCUCCUCUAACAAUAUGGUUUGUCUAAAGAUUCUUACUGACCCCAAUUCACGUGUUUGCAGGUGACAUUUUUUUUUCUUGCCUAGGUAGUAACAGCCCAAUCUAGUGCUGUUGUACCCUAGAAAAUCUCAAAUUGUAAUGAUUAAAAUAGUUGGGGUAAACUUGUAGUUCAUAUGCAACACUACUUGGAGGAAUUAUUUUACUAACUUGUCUUUAAUGUGGAAAUUAGUUUCAUUGAUUUGAUUAUAUUUCAAAUGAGGAAUGGAAGUGGUCCUUAAGAAAAAAAACCUUUUUUGUUGUUAUACUGUUUGAUUCCUAUAAUACAAUGCUAUAAAGUAUGCCCUGAAAGAAAAUAAAGUCUUUGAAAUCCAAGAAUAAUGAUUCUUACUGCUAAGAGAGUGUAAUAGUUAUUACUAAUGAGUUUGAUAGACAUGCAUUUUUCAUGCAGUGUUUAUUCCACUUCCAAUUCGAGUAUAUAAAUAAGUUGUAUUACUAAGGUGGCUAAAUAACCAAACCAAGUGUUGGUGUAAAAAAAGACUUGCCAAGAUUUAAUUGUUUGACUGUUGAAUCUUUCUUGAAAAUCCAGCCUCUCAAAGAGACCACCUCUUAAGGAGCCUGUAAACUAUGCAUGAUGAAAAUUCUUGUAUUUUAUUAAGGAGUGGCCAUUGGUUUACUCACUACAUCUGUGGAAUCAUGGCUGUAAGUAUAGUUGCUUACAGAACUCCUGGUGACUUGUAGUUUAACUUAAUCUCAUCUAUCUUGUAUAAAUAUUAAAUUAUAGGACAUUGCAUAACAUCUUGAAUAGAUACAAACUGCUGUCAGUAUUGACUUCAGAGCAAGUGAGUAAUCUAAUAGGUAAAAGCAUGUUUCAAAUAAAAUACCUAGCUGGAUUUAUACUUUAUUUGUAUUGUGUACAGAUUUAACAACAUCCAGUAUUAACUGUGGCUUGACAUUGAAAUGAAAGUAAGUUCUUUAUGUUACCUGUCAUAAAGAUUAAAAAGAUUUGUAUUG